CGUUGUGCAGUUACGUGAUGCAAUACUUAGUAACAUUUGAAAUUAUCAGAGCAAAAAUUCAUUCCCACGGAAUCAGCCAAGUAUCCCAUCCAUAUCCCAGCGGGGAGGUUCACGCAGCGACCACAUUGUUUAUUUGUGCCUGCCUAAUUUGCACGUAACCCAUAUCGCAGCAUGACCCAGUUGGCCAGCAUCGGUUUCUAUCGAGACGAGCAUUUCUUAAUGCGACUCUUUCCAUGUAGGCCACAAAUUCCCGAGAUCUGGAAGGGUUGCUUAUCAAACAGCCAAAGAGUUGGCAUAUUUUCUCCUUUAGCACCUUUCCGAGAAGCCCACUGUGAAACUGUUCUCUCGAGAUUCAAGAAGGCCUUCAUUUCCUCACCAACAUCGUCAUUUUGUUGUCGUUCACUCGUCAACUAAGAAGUCUAAAGUGAGUUUGUUGUUCCUAUCACUUCAAAAGGAGGAAUGGCAAUGGACCUGUCAAUCGGUUAAAUCAAGACGAUUGGGAUCGGACUCUACAGUAUUGGCUAUUGGCUGCGAAUGAUCCCUGAACUUAAACUUGCAGGAUUUCAAAGUCUUAUCGCGUCAAAUGGUUAAAUCCGUCCGGGAUCAAAUCAACGUUGAGGAAAAUUUGGCCAAAAUAAUUUGUCGCAAAAUUCUCGGUCCCGAUCUUGAUGCGAUUUCGAUUGACAAAAAGAGAGGGAAGUUCUACUGUUACAGAGUGUUGUCAUCCAAAUUUGGCAACCAGGAACAUUGCUUCCAGCCUCUGAAGCUCCAGAUUUGAACUCGUCACCACGGAGACAGGCCAGUUCCUGGCACUCACGACACGUGGGAAUAUGUGCAGUUACGGCACAGACGGCCAGCAGCUUGCCGGGGAUCUCCAGCUCCUGUUCGAUAAGGCCACGGGCUCCUACUGCGGUUCCCAAGCAUCAAAGACCAGUAACUUUACCGUGAAUCAGCUUCUUGCUAUGCAAGACGCGGGGAGGUUAGAAAUGUUUGGCAGCCAAAUCCAGGAGUUACCACAGGAAGGAAUAGAAAUGGUGGACCACAACCAGAAUGGACAGAAACUAAACUUUCAAAAGGACGUUUUAAAUUUUGAAAAGGACUUAAAUGUCUGUACAGAGAAUGCUGGGACUGGUGAUGAUCUUGAGGAGCUAGCGGAUAUGAAAUUUUCAAUAGAAGAUGACGAAUUUCGAAACCCAGAAGACAAAGAUUCCAAAUCUAACGCUCGCAAACAGAGACGCAACAGGACCACAUUCAACAAUACUCAGUUAGCAGCCUUGGAGAGAGUCUUUGAGAGGACGCACUACCCUGAUGCCUUUGUGAGGGAGGAGCUGGCGAGAAGGGUCAACCUGAGUGAAGCCAGGGUGCAGGUUUGGUUUCAAAAUCGACGAGCGAAAUUCAGACGAAACGAACGCAACAUUCUAGCUCAACGUAACAACCUCCUACAGCAGCAAGACCCGCCCGCUUCCAUGGAAUUGCCAGUUGGAACGUCAAGACCAACGUCAAUCACUCCAGAAUGCCUUACAUGGUCAACGAGCGCCACCUAUAGUCCCAACACAUCAUCUACAUCAAGUUGUGCGCUGGCGGAUUUAUCAGCUGUGGCCACCACUUGCACCAAUAUCUGUGUCCCCCCCUUUGCGGCAGUUGGCUCAAGCAUCGCAAAUCUUCGAUUAAAGGCCAGGGAGUAUAAUAGUCUUUCCCAGCCCCAGUUCCCUGGACCCCUCUGAUCAUGACGUCAUGAAUUCAUUUGCAUAUCAUUAAAACGACCAUAUACAUUUUGUAUAUGUAGCAAUCCAUUGUGCUCACCAUGUGACAUACUCCAGAGACUAUGUAUCAUAAACGAUAUGCACUUUUGCCUUCAGAUUUCCGCCUGCUAUGUUCAGUAAUGAAAUCAAUCAAUUAAAAGGACGUUGAUGUGGAGAGACGAAUAUUUAGAUACUUUGACAGUUGUAUGUGUUUUUAUGUGAUUGUGUGACAGAACAAAACAUGGCUACUCUGGUGGCCAUCUUGCCCGC